ACAAUUAUAGUUAAUUAUAUAUUUUUUUUUUAAAGAAAGGAUUUAAAGUGAAUUUGAAAAGGGGAAGCAGAAUUAAAGGAAAAAAGUUUAAAAGUUGAAAAGGAAAGGAGAAAAAAAACUUUAAAAAGAAAAAUUUCAAGAGGGAGCGAUUUUUUAUUUUUUUUUUCAAGAGGCAAAAAAAAAAAAUUGAGGGAGGAAAAAAAUUAAUUGCGAAGGGCUUGAUCCGGGCGGCGGAGAACAAUACUCGCCGGGAAAGUUGCUGCGCGGCUCGGGAGGGAGCGGCGGGAGGAAAAUGCCGCAGCUGGGCAGCGGCGGCGGGGACGACCUGGGGGCCACCGACGAGAUGCUGGCCUUCAAGGACGAGGGCGAGCAGGAGGAGAAGAUCCCCGAGAACGCCUUCACGGAGCGCGACCUGGCCGACCUCAAAUCCUCGCUGGUGAACGAGUCGGAGGGCAGCGGUAGCCCGGCCGCAGCCGCCGCCGCCGACCCCGAGGCCAUCAGGCGUGUGCAGGAUCCGCAGAGGGUUUAUCAGGAGAAGCUCCCGGACCACAUGGAUGAUGCAGGUAUGAAGCAUCAGGACCCAGGGAUGUAUAAAGGAUCUGCGUAUUCUGGCUACCCUUUCCUAAUGCUCUCAGACCCUUAUCUGCCAAACGGAUCUAUGUCACCUCUGUCCAACAAAGUUCCCGUCGUGCAGCCGUCCCACGGAGUCCACCCGCUCACCCCACUCAUCCCUUACAGCAACGACCAUUUCAGCCACGGCUCCCACUCGCCCCACUUGCCCGCCGACAUCAACCAGAAACAAGGAGUGCACCGUCCUUCCCAGACCUCAGACAUCCCCGGAUUCUACCCCCUCCCUCCCGGUGGAGUCGGACAGAUCACGCCGUCGAUGGGAUGGCAGAGCCAGUCUGUCUAUCCGCUCCCGUCAUGUGGAUUUAGACAGCCGUAUUCGUCAGCGCUUUCUGCUGGGGCUUCUUUCUCCAGGUUCACUCACCCGCUGAUGCUGGGCUCCGGCAUGCACACCACCGGCAUCCCGCACCCCGCCAUCGUGCCCCACUCCGGCAAGCAAGAGAUGGAGCACUAUGACCGAAACAUGAAACCUCAACCAGAACCAAAGAGAGAGAAGGAAGCCAAGAAGCCCACUAUCAAGAAGCCGCUGAACGCUUUCAUGUUGUAUAUGAAAGAAAUGCGGGCGAAAGUCAUUGCCGAAUGCACCCUGAAAGAGAGCGCCGCUAUCAACCAGAUCUUGGGAAGGAGGUGGCACGCGCUGUCCCGGGAGGAGCAGGCCAAGUACUACGAACUGGCUCGCAAGGAACGGCAGCUCCACAUGCAGCUCUACCCCGGCUGGUCUGCCAGAGACAACUACGGGAAAAAGAAGAGACGAACACGGGAAAAGCAGCAAGAUUCCAACUCAGACAAGCUCGCAGCCCCCGCUGACUCCGCACACAGAGAACAGCCCGACCCCUUCCCCGUCUCCACUCACCUCCCAACCGCCACCUGCUCCUCCAGACCGACCACCAGGUGCUCUUCUGCGCCCACAGAGUCCCCAGCAUACAGCAUGGCCUCCACGGGGACAUAGUCCCACGCGCCCAGCCGCGUUGGCCAAGACACCGGGCACAUCGCGCUCUCCCACCUGGUUUCGCUGCCCGCUGAAAAGGACCAGAGGCCCAUCCAAAUCCCCCAUCUCACUGUAAAACGCGCAAAGUUAGGCAACAGGAUGACUUAAGGGUGCUGGAAAACUCAUUCGGGUGGUUUUGGGUUUUUUUUUUUUUGGGGGGGUGGGGGUUAAAGAUAGAAAAGUGAUUUCAAAAAAAAAGGUAAAAAAUAACUAUUUGCCAAAAUUUAAAGUGCUGAUGAGUAAACAAGCCUUUUGUCCCUGCCCUGUGCUUCUUUUUUUGUUUGGGGUUUUUCUUUUAUUUUUUUUACUGCAUUAUCUUCAAGCAUGGCAGAAAGCAGAGACGAACUCCCCAGCUUGCUGCAGUAGAUGGUAGGCGCUGUCCAUCUCACGCUGGCUUCCAUUCCUGCCACCCCGGCUGCUUUAAGGUGUAGUCACUCACUCACAGAUCUCUUGUAGCCGUUAUACCACAGAGCUGGAAAAAGCUGGAAUAGGAGCAUUUUUUUAAAAGCCUUUAUGUCUGAAAAUUCAAUGUAGUGAUGCUAAGCUGUCUGAUCUGACUGGAUAAUAAGAUGAAAUAUUUAAACCCAUGAGGUAAAUUUUUUAAACUUCUUGUCUGAGAACAGGAAGAUACUGUUUACAGGUAACAGCAUGGCAGAGGAAAAGGGAGCAGUAACUGACAGUGAAAGGAGCUUGGACCAGCCGCUGGAAGGUCUGACGGUCAAUUGCUCAGUGCAGGGUCUCCUUUGCCAUUAGGAACUGUCCACCGCCAGAAGUCUCACCAGAUAGGCUGGGCAAAGCCUCAAAAAUCAGUUUGCUACUACAGCCUCGACCCGACUCUGCGCCUAUGCAGCGGCAGGCAGGAGGGCGGGCAUGCAGGGAGCCCGCAGCCCCAGCAGGCUGGCCCAAGGCAGGGGACCACGCUGGCCCAAGGCUGCUUUCUGCUGAGCAGAGGGGGUUGCAGGAGAGGUGUGAGCCCUGCCGCCAUGCUCGGCUCUCCCCUCCCCGGGGCAGCCUGGGGCACGCUACCCUGCUCUUCGCUACAGGCACUGUCUGCCCAUACCCUCAGCAAGAUCAGAGUCCUUUUUUCCCACGAUUUGGCAUAUAACUUUUAAAAAGAAAAUCUUACUCUAGCUUUUUCUAAAAGAUCCUCCCUCCACCCCUGUGAUGAUGUCCAAUGUUAAUUCAUUCUCUCCAGCUUGAAAACAUUUACUAGUUUCUGGUAUUUUAUUUAUAUUUUGACCUUGAUAAACAAAAAAAUACUGUAGACAGAUCCUGAUCUCCCUGAACUGAUGUAAAUCCCAAGUUAAUUCAAGUUCUUGAUUUACUUCAGGUUUACAGUCUCCUCACAGAGACCACAAUCUAAUCCAAGUCCAGAUUUUUUUCCUGCUUGAAAGAAAUAUAUUCUAGACUGCUGAAGAGAAAAAUAACACCACACAGAGGGAGAGGGGGGUCUGGGGUUUUUUUUUCUACUUUACCAAAUAGGUUUUAGAGUACUGAAUACAAAUUAUGUAGUAAUAUUAUUGUAGAACUGCAAGAAACUUAAGAUGACCUUUAUAAUGUACAAAAUAUUUUUAUAUUUUUUUCUUAACACAACACAAACCCUAAUUUUUUACAUUGGACUAAACAUAACUUUUUAAACAAGUUUAUGCCUCAAAGAUUGAAAAUUUAAAAAAAACCUGAUUAGCCUCUAGAGCAGCUUUGGGUUUAUUCCCUUUAUUUAGGUACUUUUGCUUAUAGUAGUAUAGAUUUUUUUAAUUCCAGCUUUAGUUUAGAAGAUCUAAACCUAUUGCUUUAUUCCUCUCCUGUGUAAAUGUAACUUCAGAAGCACUGAAUGAAAGCAACGUGCACAAACCUGAAAAGUUCAAAGACUCAUUUUCAAGUUUGACAGAAUUGUUUUAACCCUUAGAGAAGUAGCAUUACCCAGACUGCCAACCACACACUUAGCCAUGUACUUCCUGCACUCAGAGGGUUAAUUAUAUAGCACUAGAUCAAUCUGCAAUCUGCUCAGUUUUAAAUUAUUUUAGCAAGCUUCGACAACAGCAUGCUCCAGUGCUGAACAGAGUAACUCAGCAGACUCUUCACAGAUCUGACAUAGUCUCUUUUUAAUCACUUGAUAAAAAAAAAACCACACAAAAAAUUGCUAAAAAAAAUAGCUGUCUCAGCUCACCAUUUGUCACUCUGAGACCCUCUGAUGUAAGGUGUUGUAGAAGCAUCAGCUACUGUAAACACCAGAGAUGACAAGUCGGCCACAGUGGCCUAGCAUAACUCAAAACUGGGUGUAAAGCUGGCAUAACUAAUACCCCAUUGGUAUUUUGUGGUCAGAUGAAACAUGUAACUUAACAGCAAAGCAAAGGCAGGUAUAAAAGAAAAAGCAGAUGUGCCUGAGUAAUGCCAGAGGAAACACAGGAAAUUGAACAGUAUUAAACCACAUACCCUGACCAAGGACCAAGUACUGCUGGGUCCACAGACCAGCCGUCACUCAUUUCAGAGUUCACCAGGGUUUCUACCCACAGAUUUCAAGGCUCCCCUGUGCAUGCCCGCCCACUGCCCCCGCCCCCCGGUGCCACAGAUCCCCAUUAGUGAGCCUUGAACCAAGGGUACAAAGCCCACAUGCAUUACAGCCUCCUUGCAUUGCUAUUCCAUCCCAUUCCUGCAAAAUCUUAGCAAAAGCUACUGCCCCCCUCUCCAGGAGCCUUUCCCCAGGCAUCCACAGCCAUUCCACAGCUGCAGAGCUGGAGCAGUUCCACCCAUGUCCUGAGCCUGUGCUGCUCUGGACACACAGGUUUACAGCCAGACCUUACCCCAUGCUUCCAGCUACCACACUAUCAACUCAGAGUAUCUGUUUGGUACACUAGAACAUCUUCAGUUUAUACUGGUGUAACUGAGAAUUUAUUUUUCCCCCCAAAACACACAAGAUAAGAGACCUCUUAAGCUGCCCAUUUCCAAGACAGAACAGUGAGCAUGACCAACUUGUUACAUGCCCCAUGGCCGAUAACCAAUGCCAAAACAAAGUUACUUUUCUUAAUACCAAAAAUGUGUCUUUAGAAAUGCUAUAUGAAGUGUUACUAUUUUGUGUUAAUAUUCUUUUUUUAAUAGAAGGAAAAACUUUGCCCUUAAGUUUUUAUUGCAACAAGAUUUUUUUUUUUUUUAGUUUUUACAGCAAUUUCAACUUUUCCUGAAAUACGUAUUUGAAUUCCUGAAAACAGUUUGAAUGUAGAAGUCAUGGAAGUACCACUUCGUUAAGCCAAGUAAAACCACUGUAUGUAUGUAGCAGGGAUAAAUGUUUUGCAGCUGUACUUUCAUUUGUCCAGUGACUAUCCAUCAUUUGUUGUAAUUUUUUACUUCAUUGAGUUUGUAUUUUUUGGCUUUGUUCAAAAUAUGUUUAUAGCUUUAUAAAUAAAGUAAUUGCCAGACUGGCUAUUCAAAAUA